AUGUCUCCAAUCCCAAAUGGUUUAAAUUCUUAUGGUGAUAGUACUAUGAAUCUUCAUGGUUCUAAUCCCAUCCAAAUGAGCUCCAGCUUUCCGGAUCACGAUACUAGAAUGGUUCGGUCAGUGUUCAUUACUUCUGGCCACACGAACCAUCAUGGUUUGUUUUCUUCCUCUCGUCAUGCUAUCAAUUGUUAUCAAGAUUUACAACAUAUCUCUUCAUCUUCUUCUUCUGGUUUCAAUAAUUCACAUGUGGCUUAUCAGAUGAGAGAAAACAUGGUCUCUAAUGUCGUUGAUUACUUUCCUCUUAACAAUAACCCUCAUCUUUCUCAAGUUACUAUCACUGAAACUAUCACAAAUGGGUACUCUGCUAUUGUUCCUACUAGUAAUUUGGUCACUAUCCAAAAUGAAUACGAACGUGCCAUGAAUCCCAACAUUUUAAGUCCUUCCUUUUACCCUCCAACUUUUGUUGACAAACAGUGCGAGAUCUUAAACCCUACACCUCUCAAUACCAUACCUCCUCAUGAAAAUUCCGUAUUCCCUAGGCAUUUAGACCUAUUUUCUUUUUCACCAAGGCACCAACAUGACCAACAUGUUCCCCAUCGUCGACCAGUGAAGAAACGUUGUAAACCAACCAAGUAUUUUGAAGAAAGCUUUGAUGGAUCUGAUUCUGAGAAAGAUGGUGAGUAUGAUGGUAAGACACACAGCCUACCGUAUGAGAAAUACGGUCCAUAUACGUGUCCCAAGUGCAACAAUGUGUUUGACACUUCACAAAAGUUUGCUGCACAUAUAUCGUCAAUUCACUACAAGAAUGAGACCGUCGAGGAAAGAGCUAAGAGAUAUAACGCGAGGAACAAAAAAAGAUUUCGCAAGACAAACCAAAUGAUCCAUGGGGAAUCUCAGAUGAUUCAAACGGAAGACAGAGUUGUAGAGGAAAGUAGAGGCUAUAACAACAUUGUAAGUGACAUUGAAGCUUUCCAACAUCAUCCGAUUGUCAAGGAAGAGCCUGUUCAUGAUUUUGUUUGA